AAAUAAACAUAAGUCGUUGAUAAGCACGAUGCCAUCAUGUAGGUCUUACUAACAAAAGAUAUAAACUCACAUUUUACCUCGAAGCAGUCAAACCAGUUGGCCACGAUGGAAGGAAGGCGAUUUGAAGACAUUGUCCGAAGAUUGAUAUAUAUUCAACUAUUCCUCACUUCAGUUUGCGUUGGUUCAUCGCCAUGCAUGCCUGAAAGCGAUCAGUUCGGGCGCUACACGGUCAUAGGCGGUGGCGGUAACCUCUGGUCGGUGGGUGUUCCGAGUGGAUCUAGGGUUCAAGCCUCAGUAAGAUGCGAUGCGGGUGCUAUGGCACAACAAUCUGUGACGUCACAAUGCUCUAAUGGAACAUGGAUCCCUCCCUGGCCUCGAUGUGAAAAACCUUGUUCGGUACUAAGGAACAUAGGAGAGGCUCGCCAGUUUGUGAAUGAUAAAAGAAUGACUAGCUACUAUAACCGUCCCACCUUGCCCGAUGGCACCCAGAUAGUUGCUAGAUGUAGAGAUCCUGGAAAGCAUAGACUGAUUGGCGAUCAAAAACGAACUUGUCAAGGAGGACAGUGGACCGGAGUAGAACCAGAAUGCCAACUUGUUCAAGCACAAGUCUUAUUCUACCAAGAAGACAAUAAAUGGCGUGAUGUAGCAAGUAAUGGGACAGUCGUGGUGUACGUGCAACUUGGAAAACCCAGGCGUCUUGAUGUAGUCUGCAGAGACAUAAGUGUAUGGUUUGGACCUCCUCGACUGACAACUCCUCUUGUGAAUGACGGAGACUUAUAUCAUUGGCACAGGCGAAACUCUCAUGGUAAACGGUUGGAUCCUGUCUCUACUGAUUUCUCUGGCAUAUAUACAUGCGAUGGGUCGUCAUCAUCUCACAGCGUACAUGUGCUCUUUAAAGCUGCUGAAUGCGACGUCCCUGCGGCUCCAGAGCACGGGAGGUUACUAGAUGGUUCCAGACAGCAGCCUCGAGAUAUCUUUCCAUCUGGAACUUCGGUUUCAUUCGAAUGUGAAGAUGACUACAGCUUGGUGGGAUCCAGGAGAAUCACAUGUCAUAAGGGUGAAUGGUCGAAUGAUCCUCCCGUAUGUAAAGCGAGCAGAUGUCCGGAGCUAACCAUACCAGACAAUGCAAUCAUGGAGGGUGUCUAUGGCUACGGGAGGGAAAUUCAAGAUGAGAGGAUCUUCUACUGUAGAACGGGUUAUGUUCUACGGGGUGAUACAAACAACCUGCGAUGCUUGGAGACUGGGGUCUGGUCGGAUCCCUUACCCACCUGUGAAGCUGUUGUUCAUCAAGUGUCACCGUGUGCGAGCGUGCGCUGUGAAUCAUGGCAGCGAUGUGAAGCCACGGGACCAAACACUACAAUCUGUGGCUGUAUCAAUCCAGCAUCAUGCCUGACAUCAGGGCCGACUGUCUGCGGAACAAACGGAGACUAUUACAGAAGUGAAUGCCAUCUCAAGGCCCAUGCCUGCUUACAUGACCUCCAGCUAGAUAUCGCAGAGACCCACCAUGGAUGCAUUUAUGGGGUUCCUGAUGAGGACCAGCCAACGAUACGACCCACUCCUGAUGACAGUCCGGUAGUCUCCUCAUCCUUCUCCUCGUUUGAGGAGACUCUCAUUGGAGCUCAGAGCGUUCCUACUGAGCCUCCACACGAAGCACACAUGCCGACAGAGUCAGCAGCCGAUAGCGAUUCUCCUGCUGACUAUAACUCUUUCCUCUCCCUGGUCAUGGUCGCUCCAGCUGAUGAUAACAACGAAGACACUAGAAAUUCACCACCGCCUCCCACGACUCGUACUCAACCAGCUGGAAAUGUCAAUGAAACAGCUGAGUUAACACCUUUUAACUCAACCUUUUUAGACCCAACAUUGGAGGCUUUAAUUCCUGAAUAAGACUGAGGAAAGAACACAAUACUUUACCUAGAUAUAAUUAUUGCAUUCGUUUUAAUCAAGCAAAAAGAAAGGGGAAAAUGCGAUGGUAUUGUUUAGUUACUCAAAAUUGUCGUUUUAAUUCAAUUUAAUGAUUACUUAUUCUAUGCACAUUUCUUUCUUC